AUGAAAUCCAAUCGACCAGAGAAACCUUCCAUGUCUGAGGUGUUCAACUGUUAUAACUGUGGAACUCAACACAAAAGGAAAGAAUGUCCUGCAUAUGGGAAAACGUGUCAUCGCUGUCAUAAAUCGAACCACUUCAAAGCUAUGUGCAGAUCUAAAAAGAAUGUCAAUGCUGUAGAGUGACAAGAAGAUUCAUACCUUGAAGAAACACUGUUUGUAGGAGCAGUGACGUCAGAAGUUCAAAAUGAUGAAUGAUAUGUUACUCUGAUUCAUACCUUGAAGAAUCUACACUGUAGGAGCAGUGACGUCAGAAAUUCAAAAUGAUGAAUGGUAUGUUACUCUGAAAAUCGAGAAGCAGAACACAAAGCUCAAAGUGGACACUGGUUCGCAAGUGAACAUUCUCAAUCUUAAUCAUUAAAGAAGAUCAAGCCCCAACCAAGUCUCAAAGAAUCAACCAGUUACACUGGAAACAAACUAGCUGUGUUAGGAACUACAGAACUAUGUGUAGAAUCAGAGACAAAUCAAUCUAGAAACUUAAAUUUCUAUGUGAUAGACACAAAUCAACCAAGUCUUUUGGGACUCAGCAGCUCAGGAACUUGUUUUGAUAAAAAUCGUGGGAAAUACCAGAGUAGACUCAACGGCCAAGAAACCACCAGCACAUCUCAAAGAAGAAGUAUUCAAGAAACAUCAGAAAAUCUUAACUGGUUUGGGUGACACCGGACAUUAAUCCUUCUAGAACUAUUCCAGCUGCUUUUUGCAGUAGAGUGAAAGAGGAACUUGAUGAUAUGGAAAGGAAAAAUGUAAUUCAUAAAGUGGAAGAGCCCACUGAUUGGGUGAGUUCUAUGGUUGUGGUGGAGAAACCUAACGGAAAACUUCGCAUUUGCUUAGACCCAAAACAUCUGAACAAAGUAAUCAAGUGUGAACAUUUUCAAUUACCGAGAAUUGAAGAUAUCACUACACGUAUGGCCAAUGCCAAGCGGUUUGCCAAGCUAGAUGCCAAUCAUGGAUACUGGCAAAUACCUUUGGACGAGGACAGUCAACUCCUUACCACCUUCAACACUCCUUUUGGCAGAUAUUGCUACACUUGCACUCCAUUUGGUAUCACCUCAGCACAAGACGUUUUUCAGAAAAGGAUGCAUCAACAUUUCGAUGAUAUCGAAGGUGUUGAAACAGAUAUUGACGACAUCCUUAUUCAUGGAACGAGAGAAGAAGAGCAUGAUCAACUCCUCAAAUCAGUCUUAGAAAGAUGUGAGAAGAUCAAUCUAAUCUUAAACAAAGAGAAAUGUGAAUUCAAAUCCAGAGGAAUCUCAGAAAAUGGUGUUAAACCUGAUGAAGCGAAAGUUAAAGCUAUGAAUGAAAUGGAAGCACCAACAGACAAGAAAGGUGUGGAGAGACUGCUUGGAACUGUGAACUAUUUGGGAAAAUUCAUUCCAAAUUUAGCAAUGGAUAAAGUAAUAUAUAUAUAUAUAUAUAUAUAUAUACAUAUAUACAUAAUAAAUUUGAAGAUUUGUAAUCCAGGCAUUGUAUUAAAUUAUAAUUUUUACCGGAGAACACUGUAUAAUUUUGUAAAAAUUAUAAUUUAACAUAUAUACAUAUACAUAUACACAUAAUCUUGGUAAAUCUUAUAAAGAUGUUUUUAAGGCAAGUUCUCAAACCCUUGAUCCAGAGUUUGACUUAGUUUUAUAAUUUUUUAAGAACAUAAUUGUGAAUCAAGGGCUGUUUGAUCAGGUCAGAGUUGACCGUGGCAAGGAAUUUGUUCUAACAUUGUACAUGCAGGAAAUUCUUGCCCAUCAUAGAACAAACCCUAAUAGAGAUCCCCAUUGUCAAACUGAGUCAAAAAAGGUAAUGGCAUUCUUUAGUACCUGUUCCCGCUUCUGGAGACUGAGAACUGGCGCAAGCCCUGAGAAAGUGAGGGGCCCCCGGAAAAAGAAUUCUGUAUUCGCACAUUGUUCACUUUUGGACGAUUUUAGUGUUUGGACGGUUUUACGUACAUUUUAUGAGUAUUUUGGGGAUUUGUUUCGAUUGAUAUUACAAUGUUUUGUUGAUAUUUGAUUUCGUGUGCGUGUGUUGGGUCGCCCUGUGACAUUUGAUCCUAUUCGAGCCUGGAUUAAAGACAUCGAGUUAUAUUGUGAAAAUUGUGUGAGUUACUUCGCCCAAGAGACAUCAAAGACGUCUAUUUGUGAGUACAUUUUAUAACAGUGUUAUUAUUUGAACGAAUUAUACGGUUUUAAAUCCUGGAUUAAAGACUAGUAUUGAGAGAGUUUCAAGUGUACUUCUCGCAAGUUUUGAUGUACUAAAAUCGAGUCUAUUCAAGUGUAAAUCUACAUCGAGUUACAGUAUAUUGUGAAAGUUGUGUGAGUAUCGCCCGAGACACAUCAAAUGCGUCUAUUUGUGAGUACAUUUUAUAACAGUGUUAUUAUUUGAACGAAUUAUACGGUUUUAAAUCCUUGGAAACAAUAAACUGUGCAGUUUAUGUGCAUACAAUCUAUUGAAUAUAUAUACAUCGAGUUAAUUUAAUACAGUGGGUCGAAGAUCAAAUUCUAUUGUUGUUCCUAUGUACUAAAUGAGUAAAAGUAAGGACGGUGAGAGUAUUAUUACGCAGUUAGAAUCCAUAACAAAUCAAGAUCAAUCAUUGUGGAUGGCAGAGAGACAGCCUAGUACAGAUGUAAACAAAGGAGAUGAAACUAAUAUGUCAGUUAGAUCUAAGACUAAGUCAAAACAAUCGGGUGUAUCCAGUAUUUCAACUGCUCGAAAAGUGGCAAUAUUAUCAAAGAAAUUCGAAGCUGAAAAGGCAGCUCAUUGUUUAAAGUUGUUGGAAGAGGAGAGUGUACAGUGUCAGGAAGAGGAAAAUUAGCUACAAAUAUUGCAACAGAAACAGCGUCUGCAAGAAGAAGAACAAAAGCAUCUACAGGCGGACCUUGAGAAAGCAAAGGUCCAAGCAGAACGUCGCAAAAAAUGGCGAGAAUUACAACAGCAAGCUAGAGAGUCUCAACUUGAGUAUGAACAUGCUGUGAACGAGGACGAAUGUAUGCGGGAAGAAGAGAAUAGAUCAAUGAGACAAGGACUAGUCGAGUUACUCGGCAGCGAAACACUGGAAGAUCGUGUUAUGCGGCUAGGCCAGGAUGAAACAAGGAAUGACAAUCAGGAUAAUUUGUUGAGUAGGCCAGGGCAACCGUUAGAUAGGCAGAAUACCACACACACUAUUCCAGGGACAAAUGGGGAUAAUCAGGUACAUAGUGUUAGAGCAAGGGACAUACAGGGAACUAUAAAUGAGACGGUGUAUAACCCUGAACAGGCUAAUAGAUUUAGAGCUGAGAAUACUAUCCCAAACCUUUCACAGCCUAAAAUUCGAAAAGAGACAGCCCCAACUGAAAGCCUUUUAGAGAAAAUGCUUCCUACCCUUAUCAAGAUGGAAAGACCUAAACUACCAGUAUUUGACGGCAAUCCGGUUGACUAUGCUAGAUUCAAAGCUUGUAUUAAAGUAGAGAUUGAACAGAAAGGGGUGUAUGACAAUGUUGAAAAGCUCAAAUUUCUUCUUGAUGCUGUGACCGGGUCGGCAAAAUCCUGCUUAAAGAGAUUUAUCCCAGGAUCUGAGAGAUAUAAAGAGGCGUGGCAAGCCCUAGAUAAUCGAUUUGGUCAGCCAGACGUGGUAGUAGCCGCCGCAAAGAAGCAAAUUGAUGAGUUUCCUGACAUUCCAACUGAAAACGCUGAGAAAAUCAGAGUAUCAAGAAUUGGUUUCAGAGCUUGUUGGUGUCUACAAAGAACUUGA